AUGGUGAUUUUUGGUGGAACUGACGGAGGAAAGUGCUUCAACGAUACCUGGACGUGGAGCCUCCGCUCCGAAGAGUGGCAGCAGGUGGUCCCCAAAGGCAAACUGCCACCGGAAAGAUGUGCCCACUCUGCGGUGCUGUGCAAGGAACGCAUGGCGAUCUUCGGUGGAAGCGGCAGCGGUUAUACCUUCCUCAACGACGUGUGGCUGCUCAGUCUGGAAACCACACGAUGGGAGUGCUUGAGCCCAUCGACGGGCCACGUGCCGGAGGAGCGCUGCGGACAUUGCGCCGUGAUGUGCGAUGACCACAUGGUGAUCUUUGGUGGAGGUGGCCGUGGCAAAAGGCACUUCGAGACGUGCACCUUGCAGAUCAGCACCGGAGCCUGGACGCUCCACCAAGACAAAGCCGACCCUCCACCGGGCUAUUGGUGGCACAGAGCAGUCCUAUGGAAAGACAAUCUGGUCACCUUUGGUGGUCUCGACGCCUCCCACAACGCUUAG